UGCGACAGUCUUAGUGGAGUCGUGUUUACAUCCCUGCCUGCUGUAAUUCAGGUUCAGGACUGGUUUUAGGGGUAAUAAUAAUAAUGGGUCCUCCUGUGCGUGAGAUGAACGACUGCAGGAAAGCAGUGAAAGAAGACUGUGAGCAGCUGCUGAGCCGCUACAAGAAGACUGACUCAGUCCGCUUCCAGGUGUUCUGCAACAUCUGGAAAGAGAGCAAGUUUGAGCAGAUAUUCUACGGCACUUUGCAGCACGAGAAGCGAAGGUUCAGUCGCCUGCUUCUGGAAACGGCGUACAACUACUUCCUGCCUCCGUUCAGCUUCCAGAUCAGAGUUGGAGGACUUUACCUGCUGUACAGUCUGUUUCACUGUCAGAACGCCUCGCCUCCAGAGCAGAUCCGUGUGGCGUUAAAGGAUUGGGAGGACGUGAAGAAGUUUGAGAAGGACGCUUUGAACGCUAAGCACUCCGACGUCGUCUUCAUCUUCAGACAGCUGACGUUCCACAAAGCCUUUCACUUCACCGCCAUGCCCACUCUGCUUAAGUUUGAUAAGAAGAGGAAGUUUGAAGGCUCAGUGUUGAGCGAGGAGUUCAUGGAGCGAGCGUCUCGUCCGCAGGAGCUGAUCAACAUCGAGCUGCUGGAGGAACUCUCAAACGUUCAUGACAUCUACGAGAAGAUGAAGGUUUCUGUAGCGUCAGCGUCAGAACAGCCGCCUUCAUCCGUCGACCUGAUCAGGAAAGAUCUCGUCCCUCAGCUCCGCGCACCGUUAUGGAUUUUCUACAAGUGGCAGCAGAGGAGGAAGGAAGGGGGUGGUGAUGAAGAUGAAGACAGCGGUGAGGGAACAUCUACUCAGCAGGAUUGCUCCAGAAGAGCCAAUCUCGUCGCCUCCAUCAAGUCGAAGGCGUAUGGGACCGCAGCCGAGGCCUCAAAGUCCCGGCGUCAUCGUCAGGUUCAGGUGGAUUUCACCAGCAGCGUGUUCGGACCAGCGAAGCCUCCAGGUCGCAUCAGGAUAGUCAAACCGUCUCUGAAAGCCAGAACCAACGAAAGUUUAGACAUCACCAGUAAUUGUCUGAAGACGCCUCCGACAUCCACUCAUACCAGCGUUCUCACCACACUGGACUCUGCUCCUGAAGAAAAACCAAAACAGCAGAGAAGAUUCAAGUUGUGAUGAAGACGACGCAGCAGUCGACCUUCAUCCUGACCGCAGCUGCUGUUCAACGUUCAAUAAUGUUUGUUUUAAAAUUCAGGUUUUAAAUGAUCUGUUUUUAUAUUCUGGGAAUCUGUAUCAUAGCAAAAAUGUGAAUGUUUUUACAUUUUAAAAUGUUCUUUUAUUUAUUUGUUUGAGUUGAAAAUCAUAAUGGAUGUAAAGAAGACAUGCAAAGCAGGCUGUUGAAGAAAAAAUAUGGUUGUAAAACUAUUUGUAUUUGCAAGAAAUGUUAGAAUAUGUGAACAGAAACAGCUAAAGUAAGACUUUAUUGUCCCAGUGGGAAACCAAUAGAUAUAUGCACAUACAUCCAUCAAUCACACAUGUGCAUUUUCAUCAGAAAAAAGUUCACACAUAGUAAAAUAUAUAAAUAUAUAACAGUGAUCAAUGAUAAGAGAGACAGAUACAGCAUGCACAUAUGUCAGCCUCAGUGGUGUUAGAGGAUUUUGGGUCUGAGAAGAUUUUUUGGGUCAGUCUGAUUAUAUUUGUUUGAUGGACUGAUAUGAUCAUCACGGCUGUCUGUAAACGUCAGGAGAUGAGUGCCUUUGACUGAACUAUCAGGAUACCGUAAUACACAACACUAAAGGAAACAGUUACUUCAUGCAGGUUUUUUUUUCCUCUUAAACCUUCUUAUGUGAAAUGUUAAAACUGGGUUCUGUGCUGCAGCUCGGCCUUCGUUAUUGUCUCCACUGUU